CAGAUCCGGAAAACCGUCAGGAAAGUGUUCGUUGGUAAAAGUAUGCCGGAUAGAGGUAGGCCAAUUUACUGUUAUUCGUCAAUCCACUUCUUGGUCGUCGAUUGCUCUGUUUCAGCCUAGAUCGUGUGCGUAACGGAACGGGACGUUGGAUCGCUUGAUUAGAAAUCCGGUUGUCUCCAAUGAAAUCCGAAACUGCGGCAUACAAGCCGCGGUGGGCGGAAACACUCUGGUUGUUGACUUUGGGACGGAGUGCUUUGGUCACUGUACCAGUGAACGCGUUCGUGGCGCCAAAGUUUUGUACCAGAACAGCCACGCCUUCACGAGUCGGUACGCAGACUUGCUUUCGUUCGUCCUCGGCAGUGCCAUCGCGGCGGAGGCUCUCGGUGCCACUGGGACGCACGGUACUAGACAACGCCAAAGCACCCGGGGAAGAGAAAGAUGAUGAUAAUGACGAAGACGAAUCGUCCUCAACGGAAAACCCGUACGCUGAUCCGAAUUAUCCCGAUUUGGAAUUUAUCAAUUACGAUGAUCCGGAGUACUCCGUCGAUCAAGGCGAAGAAAUGAACACAAUGUCGGCGGAUUCGACCGAAGUUGAAAUAGAAGCCAUGCGGGAAGAUCGGCGUCGUCGGAACGAUGAAUUUCAAUUCCAGACUUAUUAUCGGGAUACACUGCGUGACGGGGGUGUCUUCAAAGGCGAAUGGACCGUCUACCGGACGUGCACCUUUCUUGAUGACGACGAGGUUCCGGAGACUGGUAGAGUGGACGCCAACGGCAUGCCCCGCAUCCUCGAAGCCCCCGACGUCUUGCACGUGAUUUCUCAGGCGCACAAACUCACCGUCGAAGCCCCGGAAUCCGAUCCCUUCACCAUGUCCGUCGACGCCGAACGUAUCGUUCACGUUCAACGUUUGGCGGAAAAGGAAGAGCUGGGCAAUCCUCUCAUGACGCCACGGCGGGAGGCGUCCGAGACGACGUCGGAUGGUACCGCAGUCCAGACCGCGAUCGACGACCGGAAGGUAGUGAACGCACUCUACGCUCCCGAACAACUUAGCGCCCUCGACUUUCGGGGAACGCAGGGCAUCAUGUGUGUCGGCAACGGUUACACCACCAGCGUUGCCGUACCGCUGGACAACCACCCGGACGGGAACACAGACCCUAAAGGAACGUUGGGUCCGUUUGCCGAGUACCGCACAGAAGUAGGUAUACAAACGGACGCGAUGCGCUUUCGUAUCAAGCUGGACUAUGCAGUGUUAAAGAAGGAACUGGGGAUGACCAAGGGUCCUCCCCCGCCGCUGCGUUUGAAAACCAUGACUGUCUGUCGAGAAACGGUCAACGAAUGGCCGCGUAUGAAGGAGGUCCGGACCAAAGCGGAUCAGGCCAUCUUGGACGCCCUCUUUGGUACUGUUGGUGCCCAAGGUGGGUUGUACGAUCCUCCGCCGGUGGGGGGCGACAUACAGGCUACUCGGUAUAUGCUCAUUCCACUGGAAGGACGAGCGACGGUCCUGUUUCCUUACCAACUCGAUCAGGACGAUACCUUCGAAAAGUCUGGAUGGGUCACGAGUUUGGACUGGACACCGGGACCGCUGCGGUUUCAAGUCGAUCGCAAGGUACAGGGUCAGAAAGAUUUGCUGUGCUUGCGCACUCUGGAACUGAGUGAAGUACAGUCUGCCGAAGCCGACCAGUGGCGUCCCCGUGACGGCGGAGAAGAUAUGCGCCAGUAG